GCGGAACAUCCAGCCAGAGCUCCAUUUGAGGGUCCCGGUCGCCAACAACACCCGACCUCAACCUCACACCUCCAACGGCAGACUCUCGAUACAGCCAUCAUGUCUGCUGCUCAGCUUCUCAACCCAAAGGCCGAGUCUCGGCGGCGGGGUGAAGCUCUCAAGGUCAACAUCACGGCUGGUGAGGGACUCCAGAAUGUCCUCAAGUCCAACCUAGGCCCUCUGGGCACCAUCAAGAUGCUGGUCGAUGGCGCUGGCCAGAUCAAACUUACAAAAGAUGGCAACGUCCUGCUCCGGGAGAUGCAGAUUCAGAAUCCUACAGCCGUCAUGAUUGCCAGAGCGGCCACCGCCCAGGACGAUAUUUGCGGUGACGGUACGACGUCGGUCGUCCUGCUCGUCGGUGAGCUUCUGAAGCAGGCAGACCGCUACAUCUCGGAGGGCCUCCACCCUCGGAUCUUGACUGAAGGUUUCGAGAUUGCGAAGAAUGCUUCCCUCAAGUUCCUCGACUCGUUCAAGCUGCCCAAGGAGGUCGAGCGUGAACUUCUCCUCUCAGUCGCCCGCACAUCUCUCUCGACGAAGCUCAACUCGACUCUUGCCACAAACCUAACUCCGGCCAUCGUCGACGCCGUUCUCGCCAUCUACCAGGCCCCUGCCAAGCCCGAUUUGCAUAUGGUUGAGAUCAUGAAGAUGCAGCACCGGACUGCUUCGGACACCCAGCUGAUUCGUGGUCUUGCACUCGACCACGGCGCCCGGCACCCAGACAUGCCCAAGCGGCUCGAGAACGUUCACAUCCUCGUUCUCAACGUCAGCUUGGAGUACGAGAAGUCGGAAAUCAACUCUGGAUUCUUCUACUCGAGCGCUGAGCAGCGCGACAAGCUCGUCGAGUCCGAGCGGCGCCACAUUGACGCCAGACUCAAAAAGAUUGUCGAUCUCAAGAAGGAGGUUUGCGGAAAUGACCCCAAGAAGAGCUUCGCCAUUGUCAACCAGAAGGGUAUCGACCCCUUGUCGCUUGACGUGCUCGCCAAGAACGGCAUCUUCGCCCUGCGGAGAGCGAAGCGGAGGAACAUGGAGCGUCUGCAGCUCUCUUGCGGCGGCAUUUCUCAGAACAGUGUCGAGGAUCUCACGCCCGAUGUGCUCGGCUGGGCUGGGCUCGUCUAUGAGCAACAACUCGGCGAGGAGAAGUACACAUUCAUCGAGGACGUCAAGGACCCCAAGUCUGUGACUCUGAUGAUCAAGGGCCCCAACGCUCACACCAUCAACCAGAUCACGGACGCUGUGCGCGACGGUCUCCGCAGUGUGUACAACAUGAUUGUCGACAAGAGUGUCGUGCCUGGUGGUGGUGCCUUCCAGGUUGCCUGCGCCACUCACCUCAAGAGCGACGCCUUCAAGAAGACUGUCAAGGGCAAGGCGAAGUGGGGUGUAGAUGCCUUUGCCGAUGCCCUCUUGAUCAUUCCCAAGACUUUGGCUGCCAACGCUGGUCACGAUGUCCAGGAUGCUCUUGCCGCUCUGAAUGACGAGUACUUGGAUGGAAACGUUGUCGGUCUUGACCUGGCCACUGGAGAGCCCAUGGACCCAUCCCUCGAGGGUGUUUACGACUCGUUCCGUGUCCUACGCAACUGCGUUGCCUCUUCGUCUAGCAUUGCCUCGAACCUCCUCCUGUGCGACGAGAUUCUCAAGGCUAGGCAAAUGGGACGGUCAGGCGGCCCUGGACCGGGCAUGGAUGAGCAAUAGAAAAAGUUUAGGCAUGGAAUGAUACCACUGUAUUAGACGGAACGAGAUUAUGCCAUAGACAUGAAUGCUAUCCUCAUCUGGCCGGGCAAAAUGCGUAAUGCAUGGCACUCAGCUCAAGAAGCAGCUUGCACCUGUGACCAGUCGCCUUCAAGCCCUCGACAAUGAACCAAUUUGUAUGCUUAUCUUCAAUAUGCCUAGUCGUUUCUGUAUACACCACCACGUCCUCGC